AUGUCGCACAAAAGUCAGAAGUCGGAGAAGAAAAUCCCCAAGAAUGUGGUACUCUCCCCUGGCUGUUUGGCGUUGACUUUGAGUCCUUUACCCAAGAAAGAAUCGGACGCGGAAAGUUUGAAGUCUUCGAGCACUCGCCAUGGACACCGGAAAGUCGGCAAGGAUUUGUUUCGAGAUUUUCAACGGGAGAACAAACACAGUUUUUGGAACAAGCCACUAGCAGAUAGCGUAAAAGACGUUGGAUUUUUAGGUUUUCUAGAGCCGUGGAUUAUCUUGAUCAAAGGGGCAGAAAAGGAGCUGGAAUGUUUACGAGAGGCCUACGCCAGGAGGGUUCUAAAACCACCAAGGAAUUUUACCAUUGCGAAUUUGGGUGACAUCAGUGGCGUCGAGAUGGCCCCAAUCCAGCAGCAUCAAUUCAUCCCUCUCACCGAAGUACUCUGCCUCAUCAUCUCAGAGAUGAACAAACGCAAACUGAUGGCAACUCAAGACACCAUCCGAGACAAACUGGCCGAGUGCUACUCCAAGAUGCCGGUCCCCAAUCCGGAAAUCAUCCACAAGUCUCUCAGCCACCUCAUGACCGAGGAGAAGAUCGAGCAAAAAGGGAAGGGAUACAUGAUCAUUGGUUUGGAUAAGCUACCCCCGGACAGCCCUUCUGGGGAUGAGGUUGAAACCCCUGUUGUCAAACCGAAGACGAAGCAACCUGAUGACAGGGUGUACCUGAUGUUUAAAGACGGUGCUUUGACCAAGCAUACCCUACCAACGUUUCUGGUGGACAAGAGCACACAGACUGCCCGAUCGAGAAGUGAUUCAGCCUCGCCGAGACCCGUCUCUUACCCAGCCAAUGUUAACAUGAAUACCAUCUACGAGAAAAGUAAUACCAUUGGAACGAGUAGUCCUUCUAAGCAACGGACGAUGGAUGUCCAAGCGAGUCCUCUGCAGCGAAGUCUCUCCAUGCGAGAGAGGCGGAGUCCAUCCAAGAGAAACAACUUCGAUCGGACGAGCUCUAUGAGAGCCAAAUCCAACGAGAUGGAGAAUGGAUAUUUCACGUCAGACUCUGAAGCGAAGCCGUCCUGUUUCGGUAAGCUCCUUGGGAAGUCGGCGAAGAAGAAAGCUAUCGCUCAGGACAACACCAAACACCAGACCUUCUCAGCGCAGUUUCCGCCCUCAGACAUCCAUGAUCCUUUCUUCAACUACAAUCAUUGGCUCGGGAAAUCUCCACAGAAAGUUGCUCUUAACUCGGUCUCGACCUCCAGUCCCAAGAGUAGCUCAAAGGAGAAAUCGAAGACGGCAGCCGAGGGCGGCACUCCUGCCAAGGGCAUGGGGACCACAACUGCUAAGAAAGAGGGCUCAAGAAAAUCCCUCCCGAAGGAUUUCGGUUCUGUUAAGGAUGUGAACCAUUACAAACUCGAACAUGGCCGGUUAACUCAAACGGCCAAAAUACUGCAGCAGAAAUACCACGAUAAUGCCCAGGAGUCCAUGCCUGAAUCCGAGCAGGAGUUCUUGAAACCAACACAGCUGUACGACGAGAAACACCGUACCAAAGUCAUUGCCCAACAGGCACAGCCAGUUAAGUCAUCAAAGAAGGCAGACAAGAUGAAGCAUUACUUCUCAUCAAUUCAGAACAAUAAACCCCAACAGAUGCAGCCAUUUGAAGGCAUCAGUACUGACGAUCAAAACGACUCGGAGGUUGAACUGCUGAGACGGAACGAGAUUGCCGCAGAAAAACGGAAACAGAAACUGGAACAACUGAAGGAGCGGCGACAGGCUCGCAUCUUCACUGCCCAUAAAGCCAUGAGAGAAUCGGAGAUGGUUGAUCCAAUGGAUUACCCUCCUGCUGGAAUGGAACUUCCCGCAUCGCACACAAAAAACGGUACCCAGGGUAAUCCCAAAGAGGAUAUGCUCACCCCCGAGCCAAUGAGGCGGCAAGUCGCUGCGAAGAAGACCGAGGUGAAACGUACCGGACCUCCAAGCGGUCUGUACCCUGAAGCUUUACAAACACCAAAGAAUUACAAUGGAUACGCAAACCGACAACCCGAACCACAGAACACUUAUUCAAACUACAACGAACAUACUGAGCAUGAGCAGUACUACCACGAUGAAGAGAUUGAUAACUAUAUGCGGCAAGAACAGAGUAAGAAAUCAUCCCAGGAUGACGACGAUAUGCAAGAUCCCAUGUGUUCGCCCCAAAGGGAUACCAACGUUUUCACUGCAUAUCCACAGCAUUCGGUUACCAGUGAACGCCGAGAGGGAUCAAGCCAGAUAACGAUGGCCGUCAACCCACGUCCGACCUCGCAACACUUUGAUUACAUGGAUAACGAGCGACCUCCACCCCCUCCUCCGAUUAGAUUUCAUUCCCAAGCAGAUCGCAGCCCCGGUCACCAACCUCCCAUACACAGCGUCCAUCCCUCACAGAUCGUCAUUCAGAAUUCGACGGGUCAUCCCGAAUACCCGAACAAACUACCAAUCCAUCAGCGAGUUGAGAGCCUUUCGAGCUCUACGGGUGACAGCGGGUUCAACUCCCCACGUUCUUCCCUUGCUCAGAGUCAUAAUAAUAACUCCCCGAUUGAUCACGUCUACGACCCACUUCAACAUCGCCAUAACGGCACGACGGGCAUCCCCGUCCUAAUCAAACCCAUUCCUCGACGGACCCUAGAUGAUGUUGUCGAUAACCAAGACAGAGAUUUUGACGGUAAUCGAAUGAUUAAAUCAACAUCCAACCCGGCCUGUCUCCACUCGACGAUCGUCAAGCAAUCUAGUAAUUCCGAUAUUUCAGUAAAGAGAAAGUUUAAAAGCUCGGAUACGGUGGAUGCAAACUCAGACACGUCGGAAAAAACGGCUUACAGCUCGAGAAGUCGAAAGUCCAAACUGGAUCGACCCCGCAGCUUUGAAGUUAUUGGAACUGUGUAAAGUUAAAGGGAUUGUUGAGAAUUGAAGUUUCAAAUCUGUAGAUAUUGUUUUAGGAACGAGCACGAAUCAUCAAAUGAUUCAGUUAGCUGUAAUAAACUUUCUCAUCUUUCUCUUUAAAAUCUUCUAACUCUCACCCUGUAGUUGUUGUAGACAAAAAUCACUUUCUAUUUUUGAAAUAGCUAAUAAUAAAAUUACUCUUGGAAGUUAAACAUGUUUAAAGUUAGGGUCAUGGUUUGAUAAAAACUCAAAAGAUAUUGACCAUAAAAACUUACUAUGCGAGAAGCACUGACAGCAGUUGAGAGUAUAAACUAUUUUGAGAAAGAAUUCCAUUUGAAUUGAUAUGAAAAUAUUUGAAGGCAUUUUAAUUUGAGAAACGAUUCCGGCAUGAAAUGGUUUCUCAGAUUUCUGAGGGUUGUUCUGCGUUCGCAAAUGCUGCGGCCAAAGAUUCGGUUGGUACCCGCUCUCACCUCGCGAUACAUGCAUGGAUUCAGCAUUCAAGUAUUUUUUGCUGUUUUCUCAAAAAGUAUAGACACUGUAUUCAAGUGAAACUUUCAGACUUUUACUGUAUAUUUUUAUAUUAAUUGUCCUACAAAUCAGCAUUAUGUUUACAAAAACCAAUUUAUGACCCAAUAAAACA